UGACUUCAGGCUUUAUAUAGGGUAGUAUUUGUGACAUACAUGGAAAUUUGCUUAGCAUAGUGAUUUACUUACAUUUCAAAAACAUUAUCCUAAAAUCUUUUGAUAACUAUUCUCAGCUUCUAGCAAUAUUUGAUAUGUGGAUAUUCAGAUAUAAUGGAAUGUGUUACUAUACAUAAUAGGAAAGUGUGUGUGCUAGCCUCCAAGUUCAUUGCUGGUAUUAUAAUAUUUCUCAUUAACUCAUAGCUCAUUUAGAGAUAUAAUUAAUCUGCCUUAAGUUUAAUACAAUUUGUUUUCCGUAUGCUAUUAUAGUCUACUGGUGGGUAACGUUAUACUUUUCCACCAGGGUCAGUAGUGGGCAUGUAGGUGUGGGGAAAAUCUCAACUAUUGGGGUUAGUGGGGGCCAGAGGCCAAGGCAAGAGGAUCACUUGAGCCCUUUAGAAAUUCAAGUCAACAUUGGCAAUGUAAGAUAUCCUGUCAAAUCUGUUGUACUCAAGAAAUAGAGGCGUGAGUUUGAAGCCAGUCUGGUGUACAUAGCAAGUUUCAGGCCAGCCAGAGUUACAUAAUAAGGCCCUAUCUCUUAACUUUAAAACUUACACUUUCUUGAACAUCAGAGUUUGACUUGUUUGGUUGUCGAGUGGUUUUGAUCAUAUUUUAAAAGAAGUAACUAAAGCAUUUAUCUGUCGUGGGAGUUUUAAAUAAAACAAUAUUAAGCACACAGUAGGCAUUAGGUCUUAUUAAAAUGGAGUUCUUUGCUUUCUUGGUUUCGAGUGUCACCUACUAGAUAAGGACCAGGAUAUGGUGUGCUUUCUUUAAUACAUAAUACACUAUUAAGACGAAACAGAUUUUAUAUUUACUCAGGUGAAACAGGUAGUAUAAGCCCAAAUCAAGCAUCCUAUGAUAUUUAAUGCUUUAUUUUCCUUCUCAUUAAAUUUUCUCAUUCAUUUUACUUUUGUAUAAAGAAUACAAUUUGAAGAAAUAGGAGAUUUUUUUCUAAUUUUUUUAUGAAAGGAAACCCAAUAUUUUGAACAAUGAAAAGCAAGUUCUCCUGAAAGAAUAAAAAAUGCAGCUAAGAAGUCCGAAGUUUAAAAAAGCCGCAAAUACCUCAAAUUCCAGACUCUGCCCUCUACCUGUACUAGCUGACCAUAAAGUUAGAUUAAAAUCUUAGAGAAUAAUCUUGAGAAACAGGAAGCUCCACCCAGGAACUGAUGGACCAUAAAGUUUAACAAUCUUGAGAAACAGGAAGCUCCUCCUUGUGAUUUUUCAUUAGUAUUCUCGACACUUUCCAAUGACACCAUCCCUGCCCCCUCGGGUUGUGGUUUCUCCCUUUAAAUACCCUUUUGGGGUCGAACUCCACUGCCCCUGCAAGGGAUAAGAGUCUCGACCCUAGUGCACUGGUUCCUGUUAAUAAACCUCGUGUGAUUACAGCAAGGACGGUCUCACGUGAGUUCUUGGGGGGUCGUGUCAUCCCGAGACUUGAGCGUGGGUCUCCCCGCUACGGGGGUCUUUCAUUUGGGGGCUUGUCCAGGAUGAACGACCACCCUCGUCUCCAGAGACCUACUUGGAGUUGAGAUAGCAUCUGUGUCUUAGUCUGUGUCCUUGUGUUUUGUGCCGGCUAAACUCUGGGUCUGUAUUUGCUACUCUGAGUCUGUAUUUGCUACUCUGAGUCUGUAUUUGCUACUCUGGGUCUGUAUUUGCUCGAGAGUUCUGGAGUUCUGGUUUUGCAGUCGCUCCCGUCUCGGGCUGAGAAGGGAGGCUCAUGUCUCAGGAGAGACUCGAGUGUGAGUGGUAGACGUGGCAGGGGCUCACCGAUUGUGCUGCCCUGGGAGUCGUCCCAGGAUGUCUGGGGGAACCCCAGGGAUGCCUGGGAGAUUCCUGUCUGGGUGCCGGUGAGGAUUCGGUGAUUCUCCUGGACUGGAGAAGAGACCCGUCCUCCCAGCUUUCUGUAUUUCUAGAGUGGUCUUUGUGUGUUUUAGGUCUUUGUUUUGUGUUACUUGAGACUUUGACGAUGGGACUCCUGAGUUUGACUUUAGACCACUGGACUGCUAGAGCACACAAUUUGUACCGCAGCAGACUUUUUUUCUCCUUGGAGUGGCCAGUGUUUGACAUUAGCUGGCCUCCAGGAGGCACCUUUGACUUAACCAUUAUUUUUGAUCUGCUGUCAUUCAUCUGUCUGUGGUUGAGAAGGAAGAAUGAUGUGAAAUUCGCUCUCCUUCAUCUGUCGUUGUAAGCUCCCUUCUAAAUUAGUUCAGUUUUGUGGUGAUCUCACAGCAGCCACUUGUUUUUGUUUUUGUGCGCACUUCUAUUUUUUGUCUGUUAAUCUUUUGAUUGUCUUUCUGUGUGACUGAAUGCUAUUUGUCCUGUUCGGCAGACCUCUAUUUUCUGGACUCUUGUUUUCUCUCCAUCCCACUUGAGAUGCUUGUUAGUAGCUGUUACAGGAAAUACAGAAUCCUACUAGAGGCCACAAAAAAUGUUCCAGACACGGAUGGAAGGCCCUCACUUCUGCCUGUUGACUUCAAUAUGCCUAAAGGUAGGGAGCACCAGGUCUACCAUCAGACUCCAAUGGUGGAUCUCUGAGGGGCUGAAAAAAUGUCCCACCAAUUUGGCUAAAGUAAGAAAAGAUAUGAAGAAAAAGUUGCAGAAACUUGAAGGGUUAAGCUAAGUCACUGAGAGAGUUAUUGUAAGUUGCAGAGAAAAUAAGGUUGAUGUGUGGUUCAGGGUCUGUGCACAAAAGUGGACUGCACCUAAUAGCUGUAGAAGAAGAUGCAGACAGAGAGACUGAAAAAAGAAAGAAAGAAAGAAAGAAAGAAAGAAAGAAAGAAAGAAAGAAAGAAAGAGGACAAAGAGAGCAGAAAGCUAGGGAAGAAAAGAGACAAAAAGAAGAGGAAGCUAGAGAGCUAAAGAGAGAUAAAAGAGAAGAGAGGAACAUAUACUGGCCACAGUAGUUAGGGAACCUAGGAAGACAGUACCUGGCAACAGAAGAGAAUUCCUGGCUAAAGAUCAGUGUGCCUAAUGCAAAGAAAAAGGACACUGGGUCAGGGACUGCCCCAGAAAGAACAAGAGGGGCCACUGGAGAACCUCUCGGUCCUAGAAUGCUGGCUAUGUGCAGAGAUAGAAGGGAAGCCCGCCCAGUUGUUUUGUGGAUACAGGGACCCAACACUCUAUGCUCCUAUCCCCCAGUGGGCCAGUAUCCAAAGACCUUGGGUACAGGGGGCUACUGGCAACAAACAAUACUUAUGGACUGCCCGAAGAACACUGGACCUUGGCAUGGGCCGGGUAACCCACUAGUUCAUGGUCAUCCCUGACUGCCCCUAUCCCUUGCUCAUGAGAAAUUUGCUCUCCAAAAUGGCUUGUGUGGGCUGAAAUGGCUGGGUGAGGCCAUGUGUAUGCAUAUCUGCAGAAUGUGUAUGUGGAGCUUAAGACCUGUCUCAGUGCACCAGCACCUGAUGUUGGGAGAUGUAUGGCUUAGUGCCAUUCUGCCUGGAACACACCGUUCCUGCCAGCCGGACACUAACAAUUAUCACCCAAUCCAGGACUUAAACUGUGAUAGAGUGGCUGAUGUUUUGCCUCUGAAUAGGACGUCCCAAACGAUGGGACCACUGGUCAGCUGCCGUGGACUAGAUUCUCCACCGGUUGGGGGCAAUCUGGUCACCUUGCUGCCCAAUCCUGACCUGGAGCCACCAUAGCAGGAGUGUCAAGUACUGGCAGAAGCCCACAUGGGUGGAGGAAAGACCUCUGUGACUUGCUGAUUGACCCCUGCUGAACGCCAAGGCUGCCUUGUCUACAGACAGGAACAGUUCCCUUCAUGAAGGUCAGAGAUAAGUGGGUGCUGCCGUGGUGGACAACACAAUGUCAUCUGGAAAGGCUGAACCCCAACCCCCCAGCACAUCAGUGCCACAGAUGCCUUUGCCAUCUCUUGGGUACCCUGAUGAAGCCAGCAACUGUGAGUAUUAUUCAUUGCCCAGGACAUCAGGAAGGAAGAGAUUCAGUGGCAUGGGGCAGCAACAAAGCAGAUAAAGUGGCUCGAGAAAUGGCUAUGCAGGAGCCUAUCCUGGUUACAGGCCUGCAAAAGACAGCCACUGGGAACUGGGAUCGGACUAAGGGAUGGCUUCACUUAAAAUGUACAACAGAAGUUAAAAGGCCCAAAUUGCUUAAACGAAAAAAAGACAAUGGCACACUUGAGGGAAAACUAUAUUCCUCAGAGAACAAACAAAAGACUCACUUUGCCAAAUACAAAAAUGGACUCACGUAGAUAAGAAGCUUGUCCAAGUAGUUAAGGUGUAUGUAUGUAAUAGACUUUAAGAUUCUAGCCAGAGAGGCAGUAAAAAAUAUAAGGUAUGUCAGUAAGUGAAUGCUUAGCAAGCAAACGGGACAAAGAGACCUAGAGAGUUUAGUAAAAAGUCGAAGUGAACUUCACUGAGAUAAAACCAGAAAAAUAUGAUCACAAGUAUCUCCUAGUGGUUGUAGAUACCUUUCCAGGAAUAGAUAGAAGCUUUUCUCACCAAGCAAGAGAUGGCCUCGGUAGUCAUCAAGAAGAUACUGGAAGAAAUCUUCCCCAGGUCUGGAGUGCCCAAGGUAAUCUGGUCAGACGAUGGCCCUACUUUCGUUGCCAAGGUAAGCCAGGGUGUGGCCAAGUAUUUAGAGGUUGAUUGGAAAUUACAUUGUAUCUACACACCUCGAAGUUCAGGACAGGUAGAGUAAAUAAAUAAAACUCUAAAAGAGACCCUGACCAAAUUGACCAUGGAGACUGGCGCAGACUGGGUGGUACUCCUUCCCUCUUGCUCUCUUCAGAGCAAGAAAUAUCCCUUCUGGAUACAGCCUUACCCCCUUUGAGAUCUUAUAUGGGGCCUCAGCUCCUCUGACUGUAUUAGAUGAUGUUACUGAACCAACAUGUCAUAGUAAUAAUGAUUUGUAUGCCAGGCUAAAAGACCUACAGGUGAUACAGAAAGAAAUCUGCUCACAGCUGGCAGCAGCCUAUGCCCCGGGGACCUCUGAGACAUCUCAUCAGUUCCAGGUCGGAGACUGCAACUACAUACAACGACACGGAGCCCAGACACUCGAGCCUCACUGGAAAGGACCGUACCUGGUGCUGCUGACCACCCUGACAGCCAUCAAGUCUCAGCCCUCACCAGGCGCAUACUAGCUGUUGGGGCUGAGAGCUGGGACCUAGAGGGACACUCAGAUCUUCAAAAAGCUCCCUAGACUUGCAUAUCAGAUAAGUGGAUACAUCAGAGACGUGACUGGGAUGUUGCUAUAAUGCUCACUUGAGGAGUGUGUUUUAGAAACAAGAAUUUCAUGUUUGCCCUGGGUUCCCUCGGGAUAGGUGUGGGGAUAGGCUUGAUUUGUAUUGCAAAUGAUGUAACAUUGCAUAUGUUAGUACUCCUAACACUUCUUGGGACUGUGCCUCAGGGAUCACAAUCUGUAUAAGUUUAGAAGUUCUAAAAGACAGUCAUGACCUUGGUGUGUAGGUUUAGAUAGUGUCCAGAUUGGAAUCCUGAUGCUAAAGACUGAGUAAAAAAAAAAAAAAAGGAGUUGAGAAUUACUUAGGGUUAAGGCUAUCUAGGUGCUGCAAGGGCAGUACAAGGACAGCCUGCAAUGCAAGGCUUAUAGAGAAUUCAGAACUGCCAUUGACUCAGAUAUAAAUAGAGUGAAAAAGACUUUUUAGCUGACCUCCAAGAAUACCUAACCUCCCUCUCAGAGGUAGUCCUUCAGAAAAGGAGAAGGUUAGACCUGAUAUUCCUUAAAGAAGGAGUCUGUGUGCUACACUGAAAGAAGAAUGUUGCUUCUAUGGAGACCAUUCAGGAGUAAUUAAAGACUCCAUGAAUAAACUUAGAGAAAGGUUAGACAAAAGACAGAGGACAGAGAAGCGCAUCAGGAAUGGUUCGAGAGCUGGUUUAGUAGAUCUCCUUGGAUGACUACUCUGAUAUCUUCCCUUAGGGGACCCUUCUAGUUUUGCUUCUGCUUCUGAUUAUAGGUCCACGUGUGUUAAAGAAACUAGUUGCCUUCAUUAGAGAAAGAGUGAAUACAGUUCAGAUUUUGAUGUUAUGCCAACAGUAUCAUGCUUUAGGAGGACAAAAAAGUCAAUAUUAUAAAGAUACUAAAAUUUAAUUCUAUGAUUAGAACUAGCCACUAGAAGAAGUAGGGAAUGAAAGAAUAAAAAAAUGUAGCUAAGAAGUCAGAAGUUUAAAAAAGCCCCAAAUAUCUCAAAUUCCAGACCCUGCCCUCUACCUGUACUAGCUGACCAUAAAGUUAGAUUAAAAUCUUAGAGAAUAAUCUUGAGAAACAGAAGCUCCUCCCAGGAACUGAUGGACCAUAAAGUUUAACAAUCUUGAGAAACAGGAAGCUCCUCCUUAUGAUUUUUCAUUAGUAUUCUUGACACUUUCCAAUGACACAAUCCCUGCCUCCUCAGGUUGUGGUUUCUCCCUUUAAAUACCCUUUCUCCCAGCCUUUUGGGGUCAAACUCCACUGCCCCUAGUGGGAUACGAGUCUCGACCCUAGUGCACUGGUUCCCAUUAAUAAACCUCCUGUGAUUACAGCAAGGAUGGUCUCACGUGAGUUUUUGGGGGUCGUGUCAUCCCGAGACUUGAGCGUGGGUCUCCCCGCUCCGGGGGUUGCUCACUCCUAAACAAUUAUUUUGAUCUUUAGUUCUAGAGGUAACCAUAACAGGAUUUUUUCUUCUAUUUUUCGGGGCUGGGGACCGAACCCAGGGCCUUGUGCUUGCCACACAAGCACUCCACCACUGAGGUAAAUAACAGGAUUUUUUAUCACAUCCCUGUACAGGUUUUGAUCCCAGUAAUGCUUUGUUAAGGGAAUCUUUUCUUACGGAAAUAUUCCUGGCUGCCUACCAGAUGCCAAAAUUUACUUCACAGGUGACAUCCAGAAAUGUUCCUAGCCAUGUAAUAAUUACCCCCACAGUACUGAGAAUCGGUGCAUUAUAACUUAUACUCUGGAUAACUGGUGAAAUAUUACACUUCUAAGUUGAAUAUAUCCACGUAUUAUGGUACAGACACCAGUAAAAGGAACCAUCAAAUGAAACUAUAUUCUAAAUUCAUCCAUACAAGAAGGGGAAAUUGAGAAAUGGAAUCCUAUAAAAAUUAGAGAACUAAUGUUUUAUGUUUUGAUUUUAUUUUUGAAUAAAAAAAAUUGAGUAGAAAUGGAUAGAUUGUCUGUUAGGAAAGCAAAUCAUGUCCGGUUCUAAAUGGUCCAAGAUGUAUAGCAUAUAUAAUAAUUCCAUUUAGAAUAAAACUUAAAUUGUAAGAUAUUAAAAGAAGGAAAAAAUUUAAUAAUCUAUCUCCCUGCCAUUUCACUAGAAUGAAAUAUCACAAAGGGGAUUUACUGUUCAAAGGAAUAAGGUAGUUCUCAUAUAGGAAAACAAAAUAGCAAAUGUGGACUUAAGUAGAUAAAAGCAAAAAAUGAUUUGACAAUUUUUCAUUUCUACAGUUUUUUUAUUAAGUUAAUCUUUUAAAAACCAAUUGACAUUUUUAACUUCUUGGUAUGAAUGCACACAUAUAAAAAGUUAUGUAUUCUAGCUUUCCCUUAAUAUUCACUAUUUACCUAUUAAGUUUCAUAAAUCAAUUUUGAGUGGGUGUGUCAUAAUUACUAAAAUUCAAUUCAGUUAAUAAAGUCAGCUAAGAUAGUAAAAUUUAGAGGGAAGACUUUUCUAACUUCAUUGAAACAAAUUCAAAUACAGCAUACUACUUUAUACUUUAUAAAAUGAGUUCACCAAUUUUAGUCAUUCUCAGAGUAAUCUGUCAGAGAUCCACUCUGGUAAGCACGCUGCUUAUAACUUAACUUAGUAAGAGACAUAAAUGUAGGUAUUUUGACUAAGUCCAUGUUUGUUGUGUUCUGUUGUAUUACCUCUUCCAUACACACAUUCUCAAUAAGUUCUACUUAGAAAAAUUCAUGAUAACCAAUUAAUAAUCUACUGUAUGAUGAUUGUAGAGAGUUUGGAUCAGAAUCAGGAAAAGGUGAGUUGUGUGUAUAGACAACCUGAACAUACAAGAUGGUGUCGUCUCUAUUAACUUCUGAAAAUUUCGAGAUGGCAGUGGGGGCUUAUAUGGUGUUAUUCAAGAAACAGCUAUUUCAAAACAUGCAUUAAACACAGUAGUAUUAAGGAAUAGGAACAGAGUUUAGUAUUUCUAAACUCGCCGGACAUUAAUAUGGGAGUGAUAAGAUUUAUAUUAAUUUGAUAACAAAAAGGCAAAGAAAAAAGAUUGAUUUAAGAGUUUGAUACUUCUCUGUUUGGAGUUUUGAAGACCUGUUUUGUUUACUUUGGAGUUUUAAUACGCUUUGGAUUUAACAUACUAAGUAAAAUUCAAAUUUAAUACUUUAAUUCUUCCCUUCCAAUUUGUAUCCCUUUGAGCUCAUUUCUCUGGCUAGGACUUCAAGAACUAUAUUGAAUAAGUAGGGAGAGGGUGGGUAGCCUUGCCUAGGCCCUGAUUUUAGAGGGAUUGCUUCACAUUUCUCUCCAUUUCUUUAAUGUUAGAUACUGGCUUGCUCUCUAUUGCUGUUAAUGUGUUUAGGUAUGGGCCUUGAAUUAAUGGCCUCCCAUUAAUUUUGUCAUUGUUAGGAUACUAGUAGGAGAGGUUUGAUUGAAAUAUACUCUCAAGAAUAUUAACAAAGCCAUUGUUAAUAUCUUGUGUACCACCUGGAGGAAGUACCAGGUUCACAGACAGUUCUUCACAAACUUUCCAAAGCCAGCUAAUUGGAGCAUGAAGAAAGCCAAGUCCAAGGAAUUCUAAACCAGCAUCCUCACCAAUGCCCCCAGGAAAGGCUUUGGUAAAAGAAGGGAGGUACUGAGACAGUUGACCCUCAUACACUCAGAGAAGACUGUGCCAGGAGAAUUGGGGAAGGAUUAUGGGAGAGAGUAUUUAGGUAUCAGUAGUCAGUGAGCAGAAAGUAAAGUGAAAAAGAAAAAAAUAUAUAAAUAGAAAUAAAAUAAAGGUCUUUAACAAAAUGGGACACAAUGUAUUGCUGAACUAACUCUACUGUGUUUACACUUGCACAGGCUUUAACAUCUAGAGAGACCAGAUGUGAUAAAGUAGGAUGCCCUUGUCAUUUACAUAUACUAUGUACACAGCAAAGAGAAAGGAAGUGGAGAACACACAGAUCAAAGAUCCAUUGUUCCCUCACAUCUAUGUGGCUCUGCUUUUCUUUAUCAGGACUGUGGAGGCCAGUGCUCAUCCAGGUCUCAGGGAUCAACCAAAAUGCACUCCCCUAUGAUCUCUGGCCAAGUGCUCUUAUGUUCCAAACAGAAUUCUGCCUCAGGCUGCAGAGGCACUGAAGGGCCAGCCUUCACCUUCAAGGUGCAACCACUCUUUCAGCCUUUCCAGGCUCUCUGUUACUCAACUGGAAGCUUCAGCAGAGGCCUUUCAUCUCAAUAACAGAAGGUUACUUGAUCCAAAACAUUGGAAAGCCAUCCUACACUCCUGAUUGCCUGCUUACCUGAGUCCAAACAGCAUAUCUCUCUUUUUAUGCCUGUUUUCCUGAUUUGAAAGUAAAUAAUGUGAUCAUCUGUGGUGUUGGUGGUAAGAAUAAAAUCCUUAACAUGAAUAAUAAGACCAUGCAGAGCAUUGGGAUUCACAUUCUAGAUACAGAGUGAAUAGUAAGGGGGAAUUACCAAAGAAAACAAUAAGAAUCCUAACAACAAAUACAAAAAUAAUGAAAUGAAAUAAAACAAAAACAAAAAUACCUUGUGGGUGCUAGGAUUAAAGGCAUGUAUUAACUCUGACCAGCUUUGUAGGUAUUUGCAAUAAAAAGCAAACAAACAAACAAACAAACAAACAGCCUUAUUACAGUUGCAGCAGUUGCAGGAGAGAAAGCUGGGAGAUAUCCUGUGCUGCUGCCCCCAUGCUGUGAUUCUGCAGCAGCAACUUCCUUGGGAAUAGGAACCUGUAUGCAGUGUGAUCCCUUGCUGGGCCUGUCAUCUCUAAAAGAGGGGCUUCCCUAAUCCAAAACCUUGGAAUCCAGUUUACUUCAGGCCAGGAAUGAAGUCAACCAUCAUUAGGGAAAGAGCAAGGGAAAAAUUACAUAGGAAAAAAUAUGUGCCUUAAUCAGAAGAAAAGAUCCUCAAAUUCUAAGGCACGCACAUCUCUACUCCUCUCUUCUGAGCUUUGCAUAGAGAUGUUGUAUAACUCCAGAUGCUAGGAAAAGGCAGAGUUCUUCCCAGAAAAGUCAUACAUGCUUUUCACCCUGACGUCUGUGAGGUUAGGUGGCAUCUUAUCACAGAGUCAGCACACCUGGGAUAAGGACACAGAAGCCACAGAUGACAAUGCCAAAUGGACUCCCUCCUUAACUUAUGGACCCAUUAAAAUUAAGGUUUAGCCUAACCUUAGGCCAUUCCACUCCCUGCCCAUCCGCCUGAAUUUUAUGUUUGCUAUGAGUUAAAGUUCAGCGUGUAGCCCCAAUAUCCUCAUGAUUGGACUUGGAAAUUCAGGAAGAAUGAUAUUGGAGAAGGGAUGGGUAUGUGGUUACAAUGUGGUAACACAAGGUCCAGGUUUACGUUUGCUCAGUGAUGUCCAAUUUAAUUGUCUUGUUAUAUUUGUGAAAGGGAGGAUGUUCAACUUAAUAUAUAAAAGGUACAGAAACUUAUUAUUUUAUAUAUGCCCUGUAGGUGAUCUGUAUGUUCCCAAGAAAAAGGAGUUUUUAUUGCAAUAUAUAGGAUUAUAGAUCAUUUAUUUUCUGAAAUACAUGGAUAUGUAAUGGAAACAAUGUCAGCUGUCAAGGACUGCACAGCAAUCAAAUAUUCCCAGGCUUUACACACUCGGGGGUCUAGAAGGAAUAUAUUGGCCUCCAGAAAAAGGGAAAACCUUAGGAAUCGAAAUGUGUGUCACAUGUAUUAUCUUGGGUAGUAGAUUUACUUUUAAGAAAAAAACUCCCUCCUCCUUGGUCCCUAGAGAUUUGGGUGCUAAGAAAAAUCUGUUCUCUAAUUCAGGGUUGUAAGCAACUCUCCCCAGCAAAAGCAAUGAUGACUUCUAAUGAAGCAGAGAGAAACAUCUAGCUUUGGAAUAGAGGUUGCCAAACAGUAUUCCCAGUGACAUAUGAGAGACUGGAGGAAUGGGCCCCCACAGAAAUUGAUCCAUUUGGGGAGAGCUAGUUAGCAGGUAGACCAUAGAACUUCCCAGUGACAUCAUCAGUAAGCCCUUCACUGGACAAUCUAUUGUAUCUAAGAGAUCCCUAGAAUCUUCUGUGAUGUCACCAGUGUUGUGGUGACACUAACUGCCUUUGGGAUAUUCCUUCAGUUCCCUUUGGGUUCACAAGCAGGCAUGUUUCGCCAGCUGCUCAAGCUAUUUCGAAAGGAAAGGGGAGAUCAAGGAGAGACCACACCAAGGCAGAAGGAGGAUGACCUCCUCUCUAGUAAAACAGGAAGGAGGAAAUCAUUCUGGGGAAGGCUUGGAUUUGGUAGGAAGACAUCAUCCCAAAAUGUCAUCAGUGAGCAAGAGAAGUGUCCAAAGGAACUGGAGGAACUCAAACUUGAAAUCCAGAAGUGUAAAUUCGAGAGGGAUGAACUUUAUCAAAUCCUGGACUUUUAUAUCUAUGAUGAUUGGGACCUCAGGCUGGAUGUCGAAUUGCCAAUACUUCAAUCCGAACAUGAGAGGAGAAUGAUGGCUAUGCAAAUGAUGACCAACUCAAUAAGUGAUGCCAUGGAGAGGUACAAGGAGCUCAUACAAGUGAACAGUUCCUACUACAUCACGCACUCCCAGCUCCUGCGUGAACAAGCUCAAUUGAGGAACAAAAUACAGAUUUUGCUGAAUGAGAAGAGAGAACAGCUGGUGGAGCAGACUGAACUGCCAGCAUCCUCUGUGGAGGCAAAGAGGCUCUGUGAAGAGGCCGGAAUGAACAUCUGUGACCCCAGAGCCAAGCAACAGCAGGUCUGAAAUUCUCCAGCAGAAACUCGAACAUGACACAGACCUGGGCAAGAUCUCCCUUGGUGAGAAGUGGUACAGGAGGAGAACAAAGUGUGCACAGCAAAUACACCACUAUUGCAUCUCAUCUGUAAUGUCCAUAGCAAUUGUGGACUGCAUUUUCCUCCUUUAGUUUGAAUUCUUUGGAUUUAAUAGGCUGUACUUUCACCUCGACUCUCUCCAGCAAGUGUACAGUUUUGGAGGGACCCAGAGAAGUGCUGAUGCACAUCAAUCAAGAGCUGCUGGUCAUCCAGAAAGACUGUUCAUGUGUAAAUUUGUACUUGUCCUGAUGGGUCAUCCAGAAGGGUUUCAUGGAGAUCAGUCCACAACAUUGGAAAGACUUUGAGACAAAGGCUGUGAUGUAUUUUAUACUCGGUAUUGGAUGGUCUUGUCCUUCAUACCCCACUGCAAUAGAAGAGACCUCCUUACAUUCCACUUGAAAAGAUUAUUACCAUCAGUAACUGCUUGUCUAUUAUGUUCCAAGGCCAACUACGGGAUAUAAGUCUGUUCUGCAAAAUGAGUAGCAAAAGAAUGUUUAGCACAAUUCCUCUGUUUAGAUUUUGGUUUGAAUUUUGGUUUUUUUGUUUUUCUUGUAUUCAUUUGAAAGUUUGUUAUUUAUUUGUUUUUGUUUUAUUCUUGCAGUUGAUUGGCUAUUUUGAUGAGGAUAUAGACUGUAUAUAUUGACUACCCGCAUCUGGUUACUAUUGAGUAAAUUGGAUGUAUUCCUUUAAAUAAAACAGUAUCUCAAACUCUUCACUCUUAAGAACCUUCUUUAUUGAUCAUUAGUGUCAACAUCUGAAGUUCCACAGCUAUCAGGAAGGGAUGGAUCUGUGCAUUCUCAUGGGGACUGGGCAUCAAAUCACUUCCCCUUCAGACUGAGAUUCAAAGGCUGUUAUACAGUCACUGUUCACUGUGUUCCCAACUCUGUGAAUUUCAACUUCAUCAUGCAUACAUUACCCACUGUGUAUGUUUGCUGUCAAAUAUAUAGUUACCUCCAAAU